CAACGUCAUUAACAACGCUGCUUCGAAAGUUGCGGACGCUGCAUAGAAAGCUAUUCAAGAAAAAACAACAGUUGCAUCAUUGGCAUCGUAGAUAUGUCCAGACAUAAAAAUAGACGGGAGAAGAAACAAUCCAAUUUAUUAGAUGACGAAGUACCGCAGUUACCAAAACUACCCAAACUUCCAAAGUUAAGGACAUACACAACUAAUUGUGGCAAAUUGGAUGCACGUAAAGUGAUCACAGAAGCUGAACUUGCUUCAAAGAAAAGAAACGAUGAACCUUUAAAUUUUUGUCAAGAGCGACAAAGAAUUGCUGAAAAGGUUAUACAAAAAUGUGGUUAUGAUAAUAUUACAGUGAAUGCAAGACAAGUUCCGUAUUGGAACCAAAGAUGUAUUCACCCCAUUGAUAGCGAUGGAGUUGAAAUCUCCGAUGAAUUUAGAAAUUCAAGUUAUCAAGUAAGAGAAAUGCCUCUUCAAAGAAGUGCUGAGAGAGAAAUAGAGCUAGAUAAGAAGCGACAAGCUAUGUUGGAGACAAAAGAUCGACAGGUUAAGUCUUUGAGAAAAUAUAAGAAGAUUAAAUUCGAAGAAAACCAGGGGUCUAGAGUAGCAUCUGAAACAGAUCAAGAAGAAAAGAACAAGAAAAGACACACGAAAAAGUUAAACAAGUCCAGGGAGGAAAACAGAUUUGUUUCAUACGAAAUGUCUGAGGACCCCGCUUGGCAACGCCACAUGGCAACGUCACAUGGUAACGCCGCAUGGCAACGUCAUAUGGCAGUACACGACAACUACACACAACUGCCUCAAUCUAAGUAUCAUAUUCUUCCCCCUAUUAAAGAACAUCAGCAGGUGCAAAAACAAACUGAAGUUAUUCAAGUCAAUGUUGUAGACGACCGGUCUGAUAGCAACUGCAGUGACAUUGAAUUAGACAAAGGUUAUACGUCUGGACACGCUGAAAUUGUACGCAAAGACAAGAAAUUGCAACAAGAACUAAAGUUAGACUUGAGUUUUACAAAAACUCCCGAACCAAGGAGAAAAGCAAACAAAAUAUCAAAACAAAGUAAAAGUCAAGAUAACAUGACAACAAGGAGAUUAUAUAACACGAGUGAAAGAUUAUAAAAUUAUUAGAUAACCACAAUGAUUCCACAUGAUACUUUUUGAAAGAUUUGAAUUGAACAACAGUUUGAAGUUUUAUUUUAUUGCAAACAUAUUGACAAUUAUUUUAUGUCUAUAAUGUUUCCGUACAUUUUCAAAAGAAUGGGAACUAUAUUAAUGCUAUAUGGAAAGACCAACAAAUAUUAUUAGAGUUGAUGAUCUGAAAAAAUUAGACAGGGCCUUAACUACAAUUAUAAAGCCAGAAAAAUACAGACUCACAAAUUCAGUAUCAUGAUAUAAUUUAUUGAUAUGGACAGUUUAUAACAUAUUGAAAUGUGUAGACAACAAUCAGAAGUCAAAGUCAAAGUACAGAAACUUAUAAUGGCGUACUUUGCAGGAAUGAUAAGAAUUCAUGAUGCAAAUAUACUGCUGGAACCAUGAAAUACCCUCGAUCUAAAGAAAUUGUAAGAAUUCAAAAUCAGGAUGAAAGUCAGGAAUGGUAAUUGCAACUUUACCACGAUACAAAGUUCAUGCAGGAAGUGUUUAAUGUAUAUUAGGGACAGAUAUUGCAAUGCUUUUGAAAUAUCCACGAGAGACAGUGCUAGCAUUGUAAAAAAAUACCUCGCAGGAAUUGUAAACAAUCCACAGGACAAAGAUCGUAUUGAAAUUGUUAAAUGUCAUAAAUGAUAUAUAGAUAAUUUGAUGCUCAUAUUUAAAGAUUGUUAUUUGAAAUUAAAAAGAAUGUGUAUAAAUUUCCUUUGCUUUUUUUAUUUCCACUAGUCUUCUAUGAAACUACCUCUUAUAAUAUUAUAGCAAUUUGUAUCAUAAAACAUAUAAUUCUUGAUAUGCAAGUCCACAUAUGAUCUGAAAUAAAUAUCAAAUCUAAGCUUUCUAUGAAAUUACCUCUUAUAAUAUUAUAGCAAUUUGUAUCAUAAAACAUAUAAUUCCUGAUAUGCAAGUCCACAUAUGAUCUGAAAUAAAUAUCAAAUCUAAGCUGAUUUUGGAUAUUUACUAAACAGGCAUAUAAAACUUAAAUAGUAUAAAAAAGCUACUUUUUUCAACACCAUCAAGGUCAAACAUCAAUAAUCUAGAAUAAUUUAUGGAAAGCCUUGACUGUCUUAUAAUUAUAAACCUGAACAUUGUUAUGUCCAAAUAGCAAUAUAUUGAGUCAACCUUUCCUUAUACAAGGUGCACUCUCAAUAUAUUAUGUGGAUCCAUCUUUAUAUGUAGUCAACUGAACAAUACAUGUAUAUGAUGUCAAUGUGUCUUUAUAUGAUGUCAUUAUAUCAUUAUGUGAUGUGCAUUUUUGAAUAUAUUAUGUGGAACCAUCCUUAUAUAAAGUCAAAAUAACAAUAUAUUAUGUCAGUCUGUCCUUAUAUGAUGUCAGUCUGUCAUUAUAUGAUGUGAAGUUAUGAAUAUAUUAUGUGGAAUAAUAAUUAUAUAGAGUCAACUCAAUAUGAUGUCAAUGUCUCCUUAUAUUAUGUCAAUCUAUUAAUAUACGCUGUGCAUUUUUCAGUAUAUUAUGUACAAUCUUCUUUAUAUAGAGUCAACUUAACAAUAUAUGAUGUAAAUGUGUCCUUAUAUGAUGUAAAUCUUUCAUUAUACGAUGUGCAUUAAUGAAUAUAUUGUGUGGAACCAUCUUUAUAUAGAGUCAAAAUAACAUUAUGUUAUGUAGAACCGUCUUUAUAUAGAGUCAACUUAACAAUAUAUGAUGUCAAGACGUCCAUUUAUGAUGCCAAUCUUUCAUUGUACGAUGUGCAUUAAUGAAUAUAUUAUGUGAAACCAUCUUUAUGUACAGUCAACUUAACAUUAUAUGAUGUCAACACGUCCUUAUAUGAUGUCAAUCUUUCAUUAUACGAUGUGCAUUAAUGAAUAUAUUAUGUGAAACCAUCUUUAUAUAGAGUCAACUUAACAUUAUAUGAUGUGUAUGUGUCCUUAUAUGAUGUCAGUCUUUCAUUAUAUGAUGUGCAAUUACGAAUAUAUUAUGUGGAACCAUUCUUAUAUAGAGUCAAAACAACACUUUAUUAUGUAGAAUUGUCUUUAUAUAGAGUCAGCUUAACAAUAUAUGAUACAAUUUACUUUGAGUUUUCCCGCUGUCGCCACGAACGGUGCAUAGUGAGAUAUAACCCGGUAAAUUUAACCCCAUCAGUAUAAUGACAGAAGCACACGAUAUAAUGAUGUUUGCACUUCAUAUAAAGCAGCGGUCGUAUAACAAUAGAUGCACAUCGUAUAAUGAAAGAUUGACAUAAUAUAUUGAUAAGUUGACUGUAUAUAAUGAUUCUACCACAUCAUAUAUUCAUAAAUGCACAUCGUAUAAUGAUUGGUCGACAUCAUAUAAAGACACAUUGACAUCAUAUAUUGUUGAGUUGACUUCAUAUAAGGGUGCAUCUACAUAAUAUAUUCAUGAGUGCACAUCGUAUAAAGAAAGAGUGACACAACAACGUUAAUUUUCACAAUUAUAAGACAGUCAUGGCUUUCCAUAAUAAUUCGUCACACAGUAUAUCUACAGAAAUAAAUCUGUAAAAUAAACGUUAACGACUUUUUAACGGCGUUUCCAACACCAACCCGCAACUAGAUUGUAUGUAAUGUUCAUUUCUUGUAAACAUUUUUUUUUCAUUAUAUUUUGUAAAUAUCUGCUGUUUGUUUGUUUGAGAAACUAGUUUUACGAUGUGUUAAUGGUCGGCGUAAAAACCAGAAAAACAAACUAACAUGUUGUUGUCUUGAAAUCUUUAAUAGUCCGCUAGCUUGACACAAUAUUCCAAAAGUCAAAGAGACAAUGAAACACUACAUUAAUGCAGAAAAAAAGCUUGAUAAAGCUUUUGAAUUACUUCUUUACAUGUUUAUACGUUCAUGGUCCCCAUAUAACAGUGCAUUUUUGAAUAUUCUUUUACAUUGUGUGUAAUUUUGAUUUUGGAUUAAAAGAAGAGCCAAUAACAGGAAAAAGGAAUUAAUUGAGAUAUUGUGAAAAAACAACAACAAAAACAAACAAACAAACAAAGAAACAAACAACAACAAUAUAUAAAAACAGUAACACCGUUUUGAAAUAUUUUUUUCCCAUAUGCAGUCUUACUUUAUUAACGAUCCAUCGGUACGAUGGACAUAUGACAUAUCCGUUUUUUAUUUAUCUCGUGUCUAAAAAAUUUACGAGAUGUAA